CUUCGUGUCUUACCUCCGCCCACGUGCGUGGCCCGGCUCCGCGCACUAGCGAGGGAGCUCGGCCGGCGCCGCGGGCUCGCCCGUCCACGCCACGUGUCUCUGUCGCGGGCCGGUGGUGCGGUGGCCGAGUGCUGAUGAGUGCGGCUCCGGGCGCGCGGGGGCCGGUGUGCGCGGUGGAGUCCCCGCCGGCCCCGCCCUUGCGGCCUCUGUUCAGACACGUGCGGUACGAGAACCUCGUGGCGGGUCUGAGCGGCGGUGUCUUCUCCACCCUGGUGCUGCAUCCGCUGGACCUGGUGAAGAUCCGCUUCGCAGUAAGUGACGGGUUGGAAUUGAGACCAAAAUACAAUGGGAUUCUACACUGUUUGACCACUGUCUGGAAACAUGAAGGACUACAUGGCCUGUACAAAGGGGUAACUCCAAAUAUUUGGGGUGCAGGUGCCUCCUGGGGACUCUACUUUUUCUUCUAUAAUGCCAUCAAAGCCUAUAAGGAGGAGAGAAAGCUAGAAAGUCUUGGUGCAACGGAGCACCUAGUGUCAGCUGCUGAGGCCGGAGUCAUGACCCUCUGUAUCACAAACCCAAUAUGGGUAACGAAGACGCGGCUUGUGUUACAGUAUGAUGCUGGCAUUGAUUCAUCAAAGCGCCAGUACAAAGGAAUGUUUGAUGCUCUUAUAAAGAUAUACAAGCUGGAGGGUAUACGUGGCUUAUACAAGGGAUUUGUGCCUGGUCUGUUUGGAACUUCACAUGGAGCACUUCAGUUCAUGGCAUAUGAAGAGCUGAAAUUGAGAUACAAUAAACAUAGAAACAGACUACUGGAUACAAAAUUGACUGCUUUAGAAUACAUUACCAUGGCAGCACUAUCCAAAAUAUUUGCUGUGUCAGCAACAUACCCAUAUCAAGUAGUGCGAGCUCGUCUUCAGGAUCAACACAAUAGGUACUCUGGAAUGAUUGAUGUUAUUCGCAGGACGUGGAGGAAAGAAGGAGUUCAUGGAUUUUACAAAGGAAUCAUCCCCAAUGUGAUCAGAGUGACUCCUGCCUGCUGUAUCACCUUUGUAGUGUAUGAAAAUGUAUCCAAUUUUUUGCUUAAUUUUAGAAAAGAAACUAAUUAAAUUAAAGCUAGGCGUUUGCAUCCAGAGGAGUUUACUGUCCUUUAUUUUUUUAAACGUAAUCUGAGAGAAAUAUUGUACAACUGUCUAACUUAAGAUUGUGAACAGUUCCAGUAAUCAAAGCAAGAAUUUGGGGAUCAGAAAACCCAAACUGCCUUCUCUUCUAUUGGAGCUCUUCUGACCCCUCUUUUCCCUUCUUCUCUGUGAAACAGCAGCCUCUGUCUGAAACAGCUGUUCCCAUCCCAACCUUAAAACAGCACAGUGACUGGAUAAAGGCAGACUUGCAACAGCUAUGUCCUUCGAUGAACUGAUCUCUCUAAAUCAUCUUUUCCUAUACAAGAGCAAGAAGCUGAUGAUGUCCAGGGUUAAUUGAGUGAGGUUGUGAGGACAUCAAAAGUUGUGAUAGGUUCCAGAUCUAUCAAACACAGGGCCUCUCUUUGGCGGUCUCCCCACAGAACUGUGUACACGUUUGUCCUCAUGGUGGUCUGGAGUUUUCUAAAUCCCAUCUAUGUGUAAUUUGUCAGGUUUCAGAAUUACAAAUGGUUGAUUGCAGUGUGUGCACAGUGCAAUCCCUGACUCACUGGAGGAGACUGAGGGGGUGGGGACAGCACAAACAUUUAGGGUACCUUUUAAGGUACAGUGUGGCUGGAGACAGUGAGGAGAAUGGCUGUUCACCCAGUCCAUUAUAUUAAAAUCUAAUAAACCUCCAGUUUUAGUAUAAUGUCCAAGGCAUCUUGCAAAAUUUUUGUAGCAUCAGACCUAAAUCAGUUAAUGUGUCACUGGCCAAUUCUCCAGUUUUUCCUCUUAGAGGGAAAGACAAAUUCUCUCUCUUAGUUACAGAUAUUACGUGUAAACUCCAGGUUGAGUUUACAUUGAAGUAAAAGGACAAUUGCAGACACAUAGACAUGUUUAGCAAAUAGCUUGGUCCUUUUGCACUAGUGUUUGUAAAUAACAGCAUUUUUCAAAGUCUUAUUUUAAAGAUGGCUUUUUCAAAAUGUUGGGUCUUAUAUAUUCAGAGUUUCAGAGUAGCAGCUGUGUUAGUCUGUAUCAGGAAAAAGAACGAGGAAUACUUGUGGCACCUUAGUAACUAACACAUUUAUUUGGGCAUAAGCUUUCGUGGGUAAAAACCCACUUCAUCAGAUGCAUGGAGUGGAAAAUACAGUGUGUUUUUAUACACGCGCGCGCGCGAAAAGAUGGGAGUUGCCAUACCAACUCUAACGAGACAAUCAGUUAAGAUGGGAUUUCAGCAGGAGAAAAAAAGCUUUUGUAGUGAUAAUCAGGAUGGCCCAUUUCAAACAGUUGACAAGAAGGUGUGAGUAACAGUAGGGGAGAAAAAUUUAGUAUGGGGAAAUAGUCUUUAGUUUGUGUAAUGACCCAUCCACUCCCAGUCUUCAUUCAAGCCUAAUUUAAUGGUGUCCAGUUCGCAAAUUAAUUCCAGUUCUGCAGUUUCUCGUUGGUGUCCCUUUUUGAAGUUUUUUGUUGUUGUUGAGGAAUUGUGACUUUUAGGUCUAUAAUUGAGUGUCCAGGGAGCCUGAAGUGUUCUCCAACUGGUUUUUGAAUGUUAUAAUUCUUGACGUCUGAUUUGUGUCCAUUUAUUCUUUUGCAUAGAGACUGUCCGGUUUGGUCAACGUACAUGGCAGAGGGGCAUUGCUGGCACAUGAUGGCAUAUAUCACAUUGGCACAUGUGCAGUUGAACAAGCCCCUGAUGGUAUGGCUGAUGUGAUUAGGUCCUAUGAUGGUGUCUCUUGAAUAGAUAUGUGGACAGAGUUGGCAUCCGGCUUUGUUGCAAGGAUAGGUUCCUCAGUUAGUGUUUUUGUUGUGUGGUGUGUGCAACCCCCAUCUUUUCUCGUGUGUGUGUGAUCUUCCUACUGUAUUUUCUACUCCAUGCAUCUGAUGAAGUGAGUUUUUGCCCACAAAACUUACGUCUAAAUAAACUUGUUAGUCUCUAAGGUGCCACAAAUAUUCCUUGUUCUUUUUAUUCAAAGUGUUACUUGACACCACAGCAGAAAUGCACGAGUCCAUAUGUAGUCUUCCAUCAUAAGCAGUGUGCAUGGGAGAAGUUGCCUUUUUUAAAAGAAAAAAAAUGCCAUCUUGCCUCUUAAUUUAAGAGUGUGAUUGUCAUAACUUGCAUCAGCACUUUUCCCAAUAAACAAAGGUUACAGGACAUUUUGUAGAAGAACACUUGAAACAGCAGUGGCAUUCCAGGGUACAUGUUUUUCGGAGUUAGGAGACUUUAGUUGUUCGUAAUUUUGCAUCAGGAAAAUGCAUUCUUUGCAAAUAGCCACGUUUGUAACAGCAUUUAAUUGUUUUGUAUAAAGUAUCGAAUGAGAGGCAGGAGUUAAUAAAGUUAAUACAAGAAUUAUUCAGCCUGUAAGUUAAGUAACUUGGAGCAUGGCAACUGGUUUACCUUCUUUAUUGCUUAGGAAAUUGAUUAUUCCAAAAGCUCAUCUUUUCAUAAUAAGCCAGCCUAACCUAUGGCAAGUUCGUUAUACAUAAGAAGUAAUUUUUGGAAAGAGUCUGGAUUGAGUAAUUUUAUGAUCCUGGAAUUUAGGACAUUGCAAAAGGUAAAAUGUUGAGCAUUCUUAAUUCAACUAUCUGAAGAGUAGCUUGAUAUUGAGAGGAAUGUUUGUUUCAAUUGAUUAAUCUUACUGCCUUCUUGGUUAAUCUUUCCUGCAUGUUUAAGUCUUUACUAACUAAGCUUCUUGGGGCAGAGACUAUCUUGGUGCUGUGUUUUUACAGCACCUAGCACUAUGUGGUCCAGGUUUGUGACUAGAGCUCCCAGGUGCUACAGUAAUACAAAUAAUAACUCAUUCCUACUCCCACUCACACAGACCUGAGAACAUAAAUGUCUAAAUUAUUAAAUUAGUGGCAUUCAGCAGAGAUGGGAUACUAUUAGGGUUCCAUUAGCUAGCCUUCUUUAUUAUCUGGGCAUUUUUAAUAUUUACAUUUCAUUUGUACUUGAAUGAUAACUGAACUUACUCAAAGGCCAUCAUGUGAAUUACGAAACUUAACAUCUCUGUAUAAUACAGUUGUUAACUUCAUGUGCCUUAUGAAGUUUUUAUUUAAAAAAAAAAUCAAGUACAUAUUAUGUAGGACUAAUUCAAUAGGGCAUUGCAUUAUUAACCACUUGAAGAAGAGAAUAUACUCUGAAACCCCAUGAAAACAGUGGCAAUGAACAAAGCUCUAGGGAGAUAUAUCCGCUGUAUAGCUUGCUGGACCUCAGCAGCAACACUGAUAUUAUUUCCAGGUAGAAGAGCCUGACAGCCCUCCUAGUUUCAGGUUAGUUUAUAUGGUACCAACUCACUGCAAAAUGGAGGUAGAAAUUUGAGAGGGAAAUGUGGCGACAAUCUUAAAAAAUAUGUAUUGCAUAUUCUCUUCAGAACCUGGCUGAGCCAAAGUGGUGGUCUUUUUUUU